UGCUGCAUUGCAGCCGCCGCGGCGCCGCUCGGCUCCUCACUCCCAACAAUGGCGGCUCCGAGCCCCAGCGGCGGCGGCGGCUCCGGGGGCGGCAGCGGGAGCGGCGCCCCGGGCCCCGCGGGGUCCCCGGCGCCGGGCCACCCGGCCGUCAGCAGCAUGCAGGGCUUUCAGAUAAACUUCUGUGAAAAGGCACAAAGUAAACGCAAAGCACUGAAGUUGAACUUUGCAAAUCCACCUUUCAAAUCUACAGCAAGGUUUACUCUGAAUCCCAAUCCUACAGGAGUUCAAAACCCACACAUAGAGAGACUGAGAACACACAGCAUUGAAUCGUCAGGAAAGCUGAAGAUCUCCCCUGAGCAACACUGGGAUUUCACUGCAGAGGACUUGAAAGACCUUGGAGAAAUUGGACGAGGAGCUUAUGGUUCUGUCAACAAAAUGGUCCACAAACCAAGUGGGCAAAUAAUGGCAGUUAAAAGAAUUCGGUCAACAGUGGAUGAAAAAGAACAAAAACAACUUCUUAUGGAUUUGGAUGUAGUAAUGCGGAGUAGUGAUUGCCCAUAUAUUGUUCAGUUUUACGGUGCACUCUUCAGAGAGGGUGACUGUUGGAUCUGUAUGGAACUCAUGUCUACCUCGUUCGAUAAGUUUUACAAAUAUGUAUAUAGUGUACUAGAUGAUGUUAUUCCAGAAGAAAUUUUAGGCAAAAUCACUUUAGCAACUGUGAAAGCACUAAACCACUUAAAAGAAAACUUGAAAAUCAUUCACAGAGAUAUCAAACCUUCCAAUAUUCUUCUGGACAGAAGUGGAAAUAUUAAACUCUGUGAUUUUGGCAUCAGUGGACAGCUUGUGGACUCCAUUGCCAAGACGAGAGAUGCUGGCUGUAGGCCAUACAUGGCACCUGAAAGAAUAGACCCAAGCGCAUCACGACAAGGGUAUGAUGUCCGCUCUGAUGUCUGGAGUUUGGGGAUCACAUUGUACGAGUUGGCUACAGGCCGAUUUCCUUAUCCAAAGUGGAAUAGUGUAUUUGAUCAACUAACACAAGUUGUGAAAGGAGAUCCUCCACAGCUGAGUAAUUCUGAGGAACGUGAAUUCUCCCCAAGUUUCAUCAACUUUGUCAACUUGUGCCUUACAAAGGAUGAAUCCAAAAGGCCAAAGUAUAAAGAACUUCUGAAACAUCCCUUUAUUUUGAUGUAUGAAGAACGUACCGUAGAGGUCGCAUCCUAUGUUUGUAAAAUCCUGGAUCAAAUGCCAGCUACUCCCAGCUCUCCCAUGUAUGUCGACUGAUAGCGCUGCUACAUCAGACUCUAGAAAAAAGGGCUGAGAGGAAGCAAGAUGUCAAGAAUUUUCAUCCCUUAUCACAGUGUUUUUAUUGCUCGCCCAGACACCAUGUGCAAUAAGAUUGGUGUUCGUUUCCAUCAUGUCUGUAUGCUCCUGUCACCUAGAACGUGCAUCCCUGUAGUACCCGAUUGAUCACACGGUGUUAGUGCUGGUCAGAGAGAUCUCGUCCUGCUCUUUCGUGAUGAACAUGUUCAUGAAAUGUGGAAGUCAGUACGAUCAAUUUGUUGACUGUGAUUAGAUCACAUCUUAAAUUCACUUCUAAACUCAAAACCUGGAGAUGCAGCUACCGGACGGUAUUCUGCAAGACUUGCGGAUACUGGAAGAACGCGGCGAUGUAGGUUCUGUGUCUGAACACAGAGACUCGGGCUUGAGCAAGAAGACACGUUGCCUUCUGGAGCAGGGAGACAACGGAGGAAUUUACUUUCUUCACCAAGUGCAAUAGAUUUACUGAUUUGAUAUUCUGUUGCUUUACAGUCACAGUCGAUGUUUGGGGAUCGAUGUGCUCAGCCAAAUUUCCUGUUUGAAAUAUCAUGUUAAAUUAGAAUGAAUUUAUCUUUACCAAAAACCAUGUUGCGUUCAAAGAGAUGAACAUUAAAAUGUUGAGACAGGACAGAAUGUGUUCUUUUCUCCUUUACCAGUCCUUCUACUCUUCGUUGGGAAGACUCAGGAGUCUGCCACUUGUCAAAGAAGGUGCUGAUCAUAAGAAUUUCUUCUCAUUCUCAGAAUUCAGUGUGCUGCCAACUUGAUGUUCCACCUGCCACAGACUACCAGGACUGAAAGAAGAAAUAGUACAGAGGGCAAAGUUUACAGAUGUUUUUAAUUCUAAUAGCUUAUCCGGAACAACUUGUAGCAGCUAUGUAUUUCCCCUUGAUCCGAAGCCUGAUACUUUAGCCAUCAUAACUCACUAACAGGGAGAAGUAGCUGGUAGCAAUGUGCCUUGAAUGAUUACAUAAAGAUUCUUACAGGCAGCAAAAGACCAAAUCUCAGUUGUUUGCUUCUUGCCAUCACUGGUCCAGGUCUUCAGUUUCUGAAUCUCUUUCCCUUCCCACGUGAUCUGUUGCCGUUAUGCGGCUUAUGCUUAUACCACUAUUUCCCCUUUUUUUCUAUAUCAAAAACCUUUAUAAUUACCAGGGAUGUUCCUUACCAAGGAUUUUUAGCCCCAACUAUCUCCUAUGCUCUAAUAUUGAAAAGGCUGAGAAAAGUGGGGCCCAGCUGAUGUGGGUGAUGAAGUGGCGUCUUUUCUAGAGAAACACUUUAUCAGAUGAGGAUCUGAAAUGGCAUUUUUUUAAUUUUAGAUAAGCUCAUCACCUGCUAGAAUCUCUAGCAGGUCACCUUUCUUGGUAUUGAAAUUCUUACUAGCUAUACAAAUAAAACCCAGAACAGUUGUAAGAGGCCAUUUAAAUUUGUCUUUUGCUCUGCUUCACUCACCCAUUAGCCAGGUUCUCCGUAGGUUUCGCUCUGGCCUCCCUGGCUCUGAACGUCAGGCUUUGUUUAAUCGUUCAGCAGCACUGUGAGUGGCUCAAGCAUGCUGGAGUAUAAAACAGCCCUGGUCUGAGAUGCAGGUGAUGCCAUUACAGAACCAAUUUGUGGCGUGUGUUGCUGUGUCUCCCAGAGAGACAGCCAUAAAUACUAUAAAACAAUAGAGAAUGGUGCUGUUUAAAGUUACAUCCCUGUAAAUUUCAGAAUUCAAAAAUGAUUUAUCUCUUUGGUCCGCUUGCCUAAUUGUCCUCUCUCCUCCCCCAUGGCAGCCUAGACCUUAGACUUCCCAGUGUCCUGAGAGGAGGCGUUGUUAUAUGCCCUCCUUCGGCCACACCAAGCCGCCAUCCUCCACCGCUCCCAAGGACUCAAGAGGAAUUUUGUUUCUCUGUUGUCAACUCCCCAUCUGGCUCAGCACAGGGUCACUUUGCCAUUAUGCAAAUGGAGAUAAAAGCAAUUCUGACUGUCCAGGAGCUACUCUGAUCGUUCUAUUGUGUGGAUGACCACAUAAAAAGGCAAUUUUAGUGUAUUAAUCAUAGAUUAUUAUAAACUAUAAAUUUAAGGGCAAGGAGUUUAUUACAAUGUAUCUUUAUUAAAACAAAAGGGUGUAUAGUGUUCACAAACUGUGAAAAUAGUGUAAGAACUGUACAUUGUGAGCUCUGGUUAUUUUUCUCUUGUACCAUAGAAAAAUGUAUAAAAAUUAUCAAAAAGCUAAUGUGCAGGGAUAUUGCCUUAUUUGUCUGUAAAAAUGGAGCUCAGUAACAUAACUGCUUCUUGGAGCUUUGGAAUAUUUUAUCCUGUAUUCUUGUUUGAAUUCUUCCUCUAUUUAAGAUAUAUACAUGGAAUCGAAGUGUUUAUGUAAUAGUUCUAUCCUUUUGCCUGCAGGUCAGUUGUAAUAAAUCUAGGAUGUGAUGAUGA